UGGUGGCUGAGGGGCGCGGCGGCUCGACCGCUUAAGAGGUGGCGGCAUCCGCGAGGAGAGCCAUGGGUCAAGCCGCCAAGGUUUUGCAGCUCUUUAGAACACUGCACAGGACUAGAAAACAAGUUUUUAAAAAUGACACCAGAGCAUUAGAAGCAGCCAGAAUAAAAAUAAAUGAAGAAUUUCUAAUUAAAAUAGGUUCCGAUGUUGAAUUGUUACUCCGAACAUCUGUUAUACAAGGUAUUCACACAGACCACAAUACACUGAAAUUGAUUCCAAGGAAAGACCUUCUUAUAGAAAAUGUGCCAUAUUGUGACUCACCAAUUCAGAAACAGUGAAUUUCUAGGAUAAAAGCAAGUCUUUGUAAUUUUUAAUUGUAAAAUAUAUAACUCUGGCAAAAGUCCUUAAAUGCAGUUAUUUUUCUUUAA